AUGAAUAGUGAAAUUGAAGAAUUAGCUAGAAGCUGCGAGACAUGUAACAUGAGGGCUAAUGUACCACCAAGGAAUAAAGCAGAUAAAUGGCCAGAGACGGACAUUCCAUAUUUUGCAGGUAAAUAUGGAUUAAUGGAAACUUUAGUUUCGGAUGGAGGCCCAGCAUUUAAAGGUAGAGUUUUUAAUCAAUUGUGUGAUAGGUGGAAUAUUAAACAUUUAGUAUCGCCACCACAUUACCCGAGAAGAAAUUCACCAUCAGAAAUGUUUUUAGGUAGAAAAACAAGAAAGGAAUUAGAUUUUCUGAAAGAAAGAAUAAAGCAAAAGGAGGAUACAUAUGAUGAUAAAUUUAAAGUUGGAAGUCUAGUAUGGAUUCUACUGUUUGAAGGUCCAGUUAAAUGGGGGAAGGGUAUAAUAAGUAAGAAUAUAGGAAAAAAGAAAGUAGAAGUAGAAAUUGAAAUUGAAGGGCAAGAAGGCACUUUUACUAGACACGUAAAACAAGUAAGACUGAGAAGCUUAGGGCAAGUAAAAGAUAUGGGAGAUAAUUAG